UGCGAAUAUUGUAUGGAGUUUGCUGAACGGUGGAUUAAAAACAAAUCAGAGACUUUGCAUUCACAUCAUCGCUGCUGCUGCUGCUGCUCUCCUCUCUGGCUGGCAUGUCUCAGGAUAGUCAACAUGGCAAGUGGACCAUAUCCAGCAGUGAUGAUGACGAUGAUGAGGUUCUUCCUCCUUCUGGGACUACUGUGUCAAAGUCCCACCGAGUACCUGACAGCUCCCACUGUUCUAACUCUCACCCCUCCCCCAAACUGGAACCAGCAACAACCAGUGUGGAGGUGAAACCAGAACCAGCUCCUGUAUCCUCGCUUCUCAUUGGCUCUGAGGCCAGACAAUUAGCUGCAGUAAACCAGUUGAAUCCAGUAAAGUACGAGUCCAGUCCUUCGUUGGCUGGAAAGCGUAAAAAGGAUGUUUCAGAUGGAUCAGGCUGGGCCCUCUCAGAUAGUGAUGAUGAUGAUGAUGAUGCAGUCAAUGGGAAGAGUGUCAGUAAAGUGUCACCAAAGAGGCAGCCUCCAAGCCCCAAAGCUAAGAAAGCGAAGGUGGAGAAUGAGCGUCCUCCCAGCCCCCACGGCCGCUUCUACUAUAUCGAUGAGCCCGAGGACUUCUUUGAAUCCAGUGUUCCUUGCCUGAAUGACACAUACAGGUUCUACCUCAACAAAGUCACCGGCCUGGACAGGAAGUAUAACAACGGAGCUCUGCACAUCAGAGACAUCUUGUCUCCGUUAUUUGGGACGUUGAAAGAAUCCGUUCAGUUCAACUACUGCUUUGAUAUUGCCUGGAUGGUUCAGCAGUACCCACCAGAGUUUAGGGACCUUCCAGUUCUGAUUGUCCAUGGGGAUAAGAGGGAGGCCAAGGCCCGACUGGUGCAGCAGGCUCAGCCCUACCCUCAAGUUCGAUUCUGCCAGGCCAAACUGGAUAUUGCUUUUGGAACUCACCACACGAAGAUGAUGUUGCUGUGGUAUGAGGAAGGCUUCAGAGUCAUCAUUCUCACCUCCAACCUCAUCAGAGCUGACUGGUACCAGAAAACACAAGGUAUGUGGAUGAGCCCCCUGUUCCCACGGUUACCAAAAGGCAGCAGCACGAGUGCGGGUGAGUCGCCUACCUUCUUUAAGAGGGACCUGCUGGAAUACUUGAUGUCGUACCGUGCACCAGAGCUGGAAGAGUGGAUCCAACGAAUCAAAGAGCAUGACCUGUCAGAGACAAGGGUGUAUUUGGUCGGCUCAACCCCAGGGAGGUACGUUGGUGCAGACAUGGAACGCUGGGGCCACCUGAGGCUGAGGAAGCUGUUGUAUGACCACGCAGAGCCUAUUCCCGGUGAGGAACGGUGGCCUGUGGUCGGCCAGUUCUCCAGCAUCGGCUCCAUGGGACUGGAUAAGACCAAGUGGUUGGCGGCGGAGUUUCAGCGCACCCUGACCACACUGGGGAAGAACUCUCUUCGGCCAGACCCCCCUGUUCACUUGGUAUAUCCAUCAGUAGAUGAUGUGAGGACUAGUUUGGAAGGCUAUCCUGCGGGGGGAUCUCUUCCCUACAGCAUCCAGACAGCUCAGAAACAGCUCUGGCUCCACUCCUACUUCCACCGUUGGAAGGCGAACUCGACAGGCAGGACUCAUGCAAUGCCACACAUCAAGACAUACCUGAGGGCUUCGCCAGAUUUCACUGAACUGGCCUGGAUCGUCAUCACAAGUGCCAACCUGUCUAAAGCAGCAUGGGGUGCACUAGAAAAGAACAACACUCAGGUGAUGGUUCGAUCAUAUGAGCUGGGAGUCCUCUACCUGCCGUCUGCCUUUAACAUGAAGACCUUUCCUGUUCACAAAAAUCCAUUUCCUGCCUCCUCAUCCUCCUCUGGUUUUCCUGUGCCCUUUGACCUCCCCCCCGCACACUACUCUUCUAAAGAUCAGCCUUGGAUCUGGAACAUCCCGUACAACCAGGCUCCCGACACACACGGCAACAUCUGGGUUCCCUCCUGAACACACACACACACCCACACUCACAUACUGAUCUCUGUCUUACUUUAAAACUGCUGUGGUUGUAACUGUCAGUACUGUUUCUAUGUGUUAGCUGUCUUUAACAUCAUAUUUUUAUAUUUUUUUACGGUCCUGUAGAAAAUAAAUAAAACAUGA